CGCACGCGAGUGCGCGCGGGCGGGGCGCCUGCGGGAGCGCGCCCGUCACAAGAUGGCGGCUGCCAUGCGAGCUUCCAGGGCCGUGUGUGCGCAGCGGGCGGCGGCGCGGCCCGGGGGGCAGGCGCGGCGACGGCGCUAACCCAGGCUAGGCCCCUCUUCUUGGCCGCCACUUUCGCCUCCGCCGCCGAGCCUAAGAUGGAUCUUCCUGUGGGCCCCGGCGCGGCGGGGCCCAGCAACGUUCCGGCCUUCCUGACCAAGCUCUGGACCCUCGUGAGCGACCCGGACACCGACGCGCUCAUCUGCUGGAGCCCGAGUGGGAACAGCUUCCAUGUGUUUGACCAAGGCCAGUUCGCCAAGGAGGUGCUACCCAAGUACUUCAAGCACAACAACAUGGCCAGCUUCGUGCGGCAGCUCAACAUGUACGGCUUCCGGAAGGUGGUCCACAUCGAGCAGGGAGGCCUGGUUAAACCUGAGAGGGAUGACACUGAGUUCCAGCACCCAUGCUUCCUGCGUGGCCAGGAGCAGCUCCUGGAGAACAUCAAGAGGAAAGUGACCAGCGUAUCCACACUAAAGAGUGAAGACAUAAAGAUCCGCCAGGAUAGCGUCACCAAGCUACUGACAGAUGUGCAGCUGAUGAAGGGGAAGCAAGAGUGCAUGGACUCCAAGCUACUGGCCAUGAAGCACGAGAACGAAGCCCUGUGGCGAGAGGUGGCCAGCCUGCGGCAGAAGCAUGCCCAGCAGCAGAAAGUCGUCAACAAGCUCAUUCAGUUCCUGAUCUCGCUGGUGCAGUCCAACCGGAUCCUGGGGGUGAAGAGAAAAAUCCCGCUGAUGUUGGGCGACAGCAGCUCCGCACACUCGGUGCCCAAGUAUGGCCGGCAGUACUCCCUGGAGCAUGUGCAUGGUCCAGGCCCAUACUCGGCUCCAUCCCCAGCCUACAGCAGCUCCAGCCUCUAUACCCCAGACGUUGUUACCAGCUCUGGACCCAUAAUCUCCGACAUCACUGAGCUGGCUCCCGCCAGCCCUCUGGCCUCCCCAGGCAGGAGCAUAGAUGAGAGGCCCCUGUCCAGCAGUCCCCUGGUGCGUGUCAAGGAGGAGCCCCCCAGUCCACCUCGGACGCCCCGAGUGGAGGAGGCGAGUCCCAGGCACCCGUCCUCUGUGGACACCCCCUUGUCCCCAACUGCCCUCAUCGACUCCAUCCUGCGGGAGAGCGAGCCUGCCCCCACCUCAGCUACAGUCCCCACUGAUGCCGGAGGCCGCGUCCCCUCGUCCCCACCCCGCUCAGCCCCCGAGAAGUGCCUCAGCGUAGCCUGUCUGGACAAUUUGGCUCGCGCUCCACAGAUGUCUGGGGUCGCCCGCCUCUUCCCCUGCCCCUCCUCUUCCUUUCUGCAUGGCCGAGUCCAGCCAGGGAAUGAGCUCAGUGACCAUUUGGAUGCCAUGGAUUCCAACCUGGACAACCUGCAGACCAUGCUGACCAGCCAUGGCUUCAGUGUGGAUACCAGCGCCCUGCUGGACCUGUUCAGCCCCUCCGUGACCAUGCCCGACAUGAGCCUGCCUGACCUUGACAGCAGCCUGGCCAGCAUACAGGAGCUCCUGUCUCCCCAGGAGCCCCCCAGGCCUCUUGAGGCAGAAAACAAUGGCCCUGACUCAGGGAAGCAGCUGGUGCAGUACACAGCACAGCCUCUGUUCCUGCUGGACCCGGACGCCGUGGACACGGGGAGCAGUGAACUACCUGUGCUCUUUGAGCUGGGGGAGGGCUCCUACUUCUCCGAGGGAGACGACUACACAGAUGAUCCCACCAUUUCCCUGCUGACAGGCUCUGAGCCCCCCAAAGCCAAGGACCCUACUGUCUCCUAGAGAUGCCAAGAGGGACUGGGAGGGCCUGUGGCCUGCUUCCACCCUUAGGACAGGUUUGGGGGAGGCAGGACAGGCACACAGCCUCCACAGCCCCAGUGGGGGAAGAGGGGCUCAGGGCUGGACAGUGCCUCCAGUGCAGAGGGAGGGCCCUUGGGCCUGCACACCUGCUGCCUUCGCCCAGCCCCGCAUCCCCAUGGCUUGUUUGGGGCUUCACAGUCACAGCUUGGACGGAUUCUGCAGGUUGUUCAUAGAACUGUAUUUUGGAUUUUUACAUGAGGGUCCCCCUUUCCCCUUCACAGAGAAAUAUAUACACACAGACGGACAGACAAGACGGGCAGAGAUGUAUAAACCGACAAGCUCUA